UUCGAGAUUGUAAGGUCAAGGUUAAACUUCUGCUACGAUCUAAAUAAGAAAACGAACAUGUUGUUAUCCAAGGUUUCAGUGGCAAAAUGUGCUUUAACAAAGUCAAUCAGUGCCCUGGGAGCGAUGGGCAUGAGGAUGAAGCACACCUUACCAGAUCUGCCCUAUGACUACAAUGCAUUGGAACCGUACAUCUCAGCUGACAUCAUGAAGCUCCAUCACAGCAAACAUCACCAGACCUAUGUCAACAACCUCAACGUAGCUGAGGAGAAACUGGCAGAGGCAAUGGAGAAAAAGGAUGUCAACAAAAUCAUUCAGUUGCAGGCAGCCAUAAGAUUUAAUGGAGGGGGUCAUUUGAACCACAGCAUAUUCUGGGAGACCCUCAGCCCCCAGGGAGGAGGAGAGCCCCAGGAUGGGGCCCUUAAAGACUUGAUCCUGGAGGAAUUUGUCACAUUCGAUGCUUUGAAGAAAGCAUUGACAGAAGCGUCUGUUGGGGUCCAAGGAUCAGGAUGGGGCUGGCUGGGCUAUGACAAGGCGGCCCACUCUUUGAGGGUUGUUACAUGUGCCAAUCAAGAUCCUCUUCUAGCUACAACAGGUCUUUACCCUCUUUUUGGAAUAGAUGUUUGGGAACAUGCUUAUUAUCUUCAAUACAAGAAUGUGCGACCAGACUAUGUCAAUGCCAUAUGGCACAUCAUCGACUGGAAGAGUGUCACUGAAAGAUUCAAGGCGGCCUUGUAAGGCAAAUCUGGAAAAAGCUAGAUUUGUCUCCCUUUGAGCAAACUGAAAAUUUAAUGCAUCUUAUUUUGUUUUGGUGUAAUAAGGCAUUAAUGGUGCAAGCGAUGCAAUUGAUGUUGUUAUAAGAAGUUUUCUCAGAGUGCUAAUGUACAGGCGCAUUCCUUUUUAUGACACAGUGGAUUAAAUUCAUGUCAAUAAAGUUUUGAUUGUGUGCGAUAUAUAGUGAAAUAAAAUAUUGUAUGACUUUA